CUGGCCAAGCUGCGAGCCGCAAAAAUUGCGAGGUCGGUAUUUAAAGCUUCGUGCUCCCUCCCCUCCAACUUUAUCCCUAACAACAAACGCCCCAACUCAUCUACAACCAACCCUCGGAGCCAAGCAACAGCACAAUAUGAAGGGCAUUCUGCCGGCCGUCGGCCUCAUCCUCGCCUUUUUCGGUGUGGUGGCCGUGGCCAUCUACGAAACCGUCAUCGCAAACCAACUCUCCCUCCCGACCUCCCCGCUCGCCAUCCCAACCCUCAUCCUCCCCUUUCUCGCCCUCCUCAACGCCCUCUACGCGCACCGCGUCUCCGCCGCCCGCCAGCGCCGCCUCACCACCACCACCAACACCACCACCAACACCGCCAACACCAACAACAAACAGCCAGCCAACCCUUCCCCAAACCGCCACCGCCCCUUCCUCACCGCCGCCGCGCUCCAGGCGCUCCAGGCCCUCGCGUCGACCGUGCUCGGCACGCUGCUGGCCGCGGGCGCGGGCGCCCCCGCCGCCGUGGCGCCGUGCCUGCUCGAGGCGGCGUGGCGGCGCAUGUACAGCGCGCACGACGAGGCCACCAUCCGCCGCAUCCAGGACCGCCUCGCCUGCUGCGGCUUCAACUCGCCCCGCGACCGCGCCUGGCCCUUUGCGCGCGGCGGCGAGAACGGGGUGCCGGCCGACCGCUGCGAGGCCAUGUGGGGCCGCCACACGGCCUGUCGGGGCCCCUGGACGGCCGCGACGCGGUGGAACGCCGGGGUCGAGCUCGGGGUGGUUCUGGUUGUGACUUCGUUUCAGAUCGUCUCCGUACUCAUGCUCGCCCGGAGCUCUUCCCCCCGCCGCAACGGCGGCAGCAGCCGCGGCGCCGCCUGGCUCGACAGCAUGUUUGGCGACCAGCAGGGGUCCUCUUCAUCGUCCUUGUCGCCGGACCAGAACCACCAGCAGCGGCGCCUGUUGGCCAACGGCGACGAGGGCGCCUACACGGACCGCGUCCGGGAAGAAGAAGACGGGGCCGACGACGAAGAGGCCGGGACCCGCAGCGCCGGCGCCCCUCUACUUGGGGGCGGCGCUGCCCCCAACAGCGCUGCUGCCGGGGGCGGCGGUCACGCAAACGGGCCGCGCCUGGAGCCCUCGCUGCUGGGCGCCGGCGUCCACGAGAGGAACGAGUGGCGGGAUGACGUCUGAUGCCGCCGAGAGAGUAAGCAACGGUAUCCAUUGUCUAGAGAGCUUUGUUGCCUGUUGUCUCCGGAGAACUUUGUCAAAGGAUACAAGAGACGAGAUGACAGGCACCGGGGACAUUGCACUCGUGGUUUGGGAUGGGAAAAUGGUCAUCAAUAUGCUUGAUAGGUGAAGCAAAGGUUUGCCAACAGGCGCCAAAAUUUCAAUGAGCAGGAGACGAACAGCAAAUACAGGGGUGUGUGCCCGUGGGCCAGGAAGAAAAGAGACAGAGAAAAAAAGUAUGUAGUACAAUCGUAUAGUCCCAACAACUACAGUUCACGGGGCGCAGUCGGUACAUGCACAGGGUUCGGC